UACUUUAUGCAAUAUCCUACAAACCCUCCCACUGGUUGUGAAAUGAGAGAAAGUAAAGGAGAUAAUAUGCAGAGUAAACAAAAACUUGAUCAGACUUCCCCUUACUGUUAGAGAGAGAGAGACACCAUGGCCAGAGAGAGAGUAACAGCCGCCCGGGCCCUUUGCAUGAGGGGAUAUCUGCUCACAGUUUCCCUCAGUGCUUGGAUGGAUGGAGCCCAUGGAAUUGGGGAUCAGCUGAUCCCUCAGUAUCCGGUGGUCAGUCAGUCUGUUACCCUGAGCGUCACUGGGGUCACUGGCACAGUAAUCGCAUUCGCAUGGUAUAAAGGUUCAAGUGCAGAUACUAAUAACCAAAUAUUCAUUGUUAUUCCACCUUUAAACUCAGUGACAAAAGGGCCUCAGUAUUUCCCUCGUGCCAAUUGGUUCCCAAAUGGCUCAUUGCAGAUCUCAGGCCUUGUUCCUACAGACCAGGGGAGUUACACAGUGCUGAUAGAGACUGCUGGGAGUAGAGCACAACAUACAGUUUCCCUGCCAGUUUAUGAGCCUGUCACUGCCUCAGGGAUCAGCACAGACAAUAAGGAACCCCAGGAGAAUCAGCCAGUCACCCUCACAUGCAGUGCAAAUAAUGCAGAACAGAUCCUUUGGGGCAAGAAUGGUGUCCCUCUCCCUCCCGGGCUGAGUCUGUCUGCAGAUAACAGGACUCUCACUUUCCCCAGGAUCUCUCGCUCAGAUACCGGACAAUAUCGAUGUGAGGCUUCAAAUGCCGUCAGUAAGAUUAUCAGUGAUCCCUACACAUUAACUGUAAACUAUGGUCCAGAGAAGCUGAGAAUUGCAGGUCCUCUACAAGUGACUUCUGGGAAUCCCCUGUUGAUAGAAUGUUCUGCUGAUUCUGUUCCUACACCAACCUACCAGUGGAAAUUCAAUGGGACUAAUUUGGCAAUCCAAUCCAACAUAUUGUACAUCCUACAGGCCACACCUGAGAGUGCAGGAAAUUAUACCUGUAUAGGGACUAAUUCAGUGACAAAGCUCUCGCGGGAAACCUCUGUAUAUGUGUCUGUGAAUGAUUAUGAAUCUCAUUCAGGCAAUCCUGCAGCCAUUAUAGUCGCCAUCAUCUGUGGGUCCAUCCUGGGGAUUGUACUUAUCAGCGGUAUAAUGGCGCUGCUGUACAGAAAAUAUGUUCUUCCCCUAAGAGGACAAUCAGGUGACAGAGGGGAGGAUCCAUCCCGAAUAUAUGAUAACAUUCCCAACACUGCAGCGGCUCAUCCUGCAAAAGAGGAGGGUCCAUACAUGGGACUGCAGCGACCAUCUCAGGAUACAUACAGUGAGCUGAAACUAUAAUGUGAUACAGAUAAUUCAUUGCCUUUACGGGGUGGAGAAGACUUCCAGUGGAACAUUUCAACAACAUUGUCCGAGCCCUGUUUAAUCUUUUGAUACCUCCAAUGACCAAAGAUUGUUGCAAUGAAUGGGCUCAGUAAUUUAUUUUAUGUACUGGUUCACCAAUCAGAAGCCUGAUAGCAUAGGAAGCCACCCCUCCCAGUGCUGUCAGUUCCUUGCACUGGCUCAGCUCAUACCUGCAAAGGAGGUGGGGGGCACAGGAGUGGUUACAAUGCAGAGCUGGGCUCAGGGAUGCUGCUCCAUUCCUUCAGAACCGAAUGCUGUGAACUGCCAAUUACUGGUAGUGAGGACUUUAUAUGUAGGAGGAUUCUGAUUGGAGAUGCCUACUUCACAAUUGAAUAGCCUUUUUUAAAAAAAAAAAAAAAAUGUUUUAGCAUAUUUAUUUUCAUUAUCCACCAGUCUGUUAUUCUUUGCAAUCUUUGUCUAUGAUAUUUUUCAUUAUUUUGUGAUAGUGUAUGUGUGCUAGUGUUUAUAAUAUCAGAGGAGUAAAAUGGUCUGGCAAAAUGUCUGCACUGCCAAGGCUGCAUUGCUGAGAUUUUCCAAUACUGUUUUGGUUUUCAUGAUAAUGGUAUCAUUACAUUUACAUACUGUAAAUAAUUACUUCUAUAGUAAUACUAAAACUUGUGGCUAAUGCAGCCAGUUUAGUAUAUAAAAUAUGGCAGUUCUAGCCAUAAUCAUUUUUAGGGUUUAGAUCUCCUUUAAAUCUUCCCUAGAGCUGGGGGUGUACCAUAUCAAAUGAUACUUAAAAGGGUCCUGUCACCCUAAGAAAUCAUUCCAAAUCCUAUUUUAUUGUGUUAGUU